AUGGCAUAUAAUCCUAAUCCUCCAAUGACAAUUUCAUCUGUACCUAUGUUCAAUCCCAGCAACAUGAAUAACAAUCCAUUUAUGCAUCUAUUAACCCAAACUUCAUCCUCGGUAUCAUCAAAAUUGAGUAUUGGCGGAGUUUUGUAUAUUAUCACAGGACUAGUUUCAAUUGGAUUGGACAUAGGUGCUUUGACCAAUAGAAUGCUUAGCAAUACACCUCAUCCAGCAACAACAUCAUCACCAUCAAAUACUGGUCAAAAAAAUGAUGUAACAACUCGUUAUUGGGGUCCUAUUGCUGGUAAAGAAUUAAUUGUACAAAUAACAAUUAUAGGUGAUGAUCUUGGGGAAAGUCAUUUUGAUCUUCAAAUGCCUAGUGGUGGAGUAGAUAUUUUCGAUGGAUGUUCAAGUCAAUUUCCUAAAGUCAGUUAA